UUUCCUUCUUGCUGCGCUCCCUGUGAUGCUAACGCUAGCUGUGCGAGGCCACACGGCUUCAAUGUUUACAUCGACGGGAUUUCCAAACAACUAUUGAAAAUACUGCAUAUGACGCGAGGACCGACUGUAGCGACAAUAACCAGCAGCAGAUGCGUCUUAUCGUUACGCAGGGUUGUGCUUUUAUAACAGCCCUCCACAGCUGGAUAAGAAAGAAAUGCGCCAACACGGCGUGAGAGGCAGCGGCUGCAGAGUUGUGUGCUGGUGUGGGGUUGUUUGUAUGGAUGCACUUGACUGCAGGCACAUUUAGGACCCUGGCCCGAUGGAAAAGAGGGACAGGAAGCCAGGAUAUUUCGCCAGGCUUAAGAGGCGGAGGCAGUUCAAGCAGAGCCAGUCAGACAAGAAUGUGAAUGAGCAGAACCAGGCAAUCAUCUCCUGUGCAGACAUCCCAGAUGACCGUGACCUCAACAGGAAGGCAGACCUACAGAGAGUUCCAUCCAAGCCUCCGGGCUCAGAUGACUGCUGUAAAAGUCACAAUCAAGCAAAGAUGGAGAAGAAGGGACCGCCAGGGACCGUGGAAUUCAUUGUAGGACCCAAUGAUUCCCUCAACAGUAUCGCACUUAAGUUCAAUAUCACCCCAAACAAGCUGGUCCAGCUUAACAAACUGUUCACUCGCAGCAUCUACCCUGGUCAGAAACUGUUUGUUCCUGAUGUGAGCCAGGCAGAAGCUGAGCCUAAGCCUCCAGGCUCCUCUGACGCGACCAUCACCAAUGGCUUAUCUGAGAAAGCACAUGAUGGCAUUUCAGACUGCAGGACAGCAAAGGCCAUCCACCGUGAACUCUCCCCAAACUCUGAGGACGAGAGUCCAGCAAUAGUUAAAUUCAUCAAAAUGAGUUGCAAGUAUUUCACUGAUGGCAUGGGAGUGGUGGGAGGUGUGUUGAUUGUGACCCCCAACAACAUCAUGUUUGACCCCCACAAGUCUGACCCCCUGGUGAUUGAGCACGGCUGCGAGGAGUACGGCCUCAUCUGCCCCAUGGAGGAGGUUGUGUCUGUGGCGUUGUACGACGACGUGUCUCGCAUGAACCUCAAAGACGCCCUGCCAUCAGAUCUACCACAGGAUCUAUGUCCUGUCUACAGGCCUGGCGAAUGGGAGCAGCUGCCAUCAGAGCGGGACCUCAACCCCUUUAGUCGCUAUGAAGCUCUGGACUCAAAGCGACCUAUUAUUUUGGAUGACAUUGAGUCUACCCUCUCAGAAACUGGGAGUACACAAGGUGAGCAUACUGAAAAAUCACCUUCAGAUGAGGGAUUCACUGAGUUGGAGCCUACUUUGAAUGGGAGCACUGACGAAGUAGAGGGACCAUCCUCCAAAAUAUCUAACCUUGGCGGCAAAGUCCAACAAGAAGUCCUAGGAGUAAGCAGCUUAGGACAAGGUGACUCCAAGGACAAGACACUGCUUUGUCAAAUUAAAGGGAAGCUGGAAGACGAGGAAGAUGAGGGUGUAGUUCAGAUAAGCUCUAUCGAAGAUGGAGAGUUCAUACACUCCUCCUUAGAAACCGAAAAACAGGGUGAUACACUAUAUAAGCUUUCAAGCCAAGAAGCAACCGAAACCAAAGAUAUCAAACCUAAAGGGACAGAAGAGCUGCUAAGUGGUGUGGAUGAUCACAGCACACCAGUGGACCAAAGCAGGAAGUUGAGUCUAAAGGAGCCUUCAGGGGUUCGUGGGAACACUGGUCCUAUGAGACAAAGCCCAAGCAGGUCAGAAGAGGGGGGUGGAAUAAGCGAGGAGGAAAGAAGGAAGAAAACCUAUGAAGCGGAAGUGAAGUCAUGGCUCCUGCAGAGGAUACAGGCUCCAAUAGAAGACAUGCUUUUCUCGUCAGAGGAGAAGAGUAAAAAACCUCCCAUGUUCCUGUGCUUUAAAGUUGGUAAACCAAUGAGGAAGUCCUUUGCCACUGGGAUGACAUCCAGUCCUGCCCAUUCAUUCGGAGGCCGCCAAAAGCAGCCAGAGUAUUGGUUUGCUGUGCCACAAGAAAGGGUGGACCACCUGUAUGCAUUUUUUGUCCAGUGUUCUCCCGACGUUUACGGGAAAGAGGCUCGUGAGCAGGGGUUUGUUGUGGUGGAGAAAGACGAGCUGGACAUGAUCGAUAACUUCUUUGGUGAUCCGGCGUCCUGCAGCUGGGAGAUCAUCACCAUUAACGAGGCAAAGCGUCGGCAGAGUUUUGGCAGCUGUGAUGGAGACCUGUCUGUGGAUGCACUACCCACACUCUGUGAUGCGAGCGAUCUGCUGCAAGACACACACGUUGAGAAGCUUGCCUGUCGCCUGCCAGCCCGCGUGCAGGGCUACCCGUGGAGGCUGGCCUACAGCACUGUGAAACACGGAACCAGUCUAAAGACGUUGUACAGAAAUCUAGCAGAUGUGGACAGUCCUGUGCUUCUGGUCAUCAAGGACAUGGAUAACCAGAUUUUUGGGGCGUUCUCGACUCACCCAUUCAGGAUAAGUGACCACUGUUAUGGUACAGGAGAGACAUUCCUAUAUAGCUUCUGCCCUGAAAUCAAGGUGUAUCGCUGGACAGGGGAGAAUUCUUACUUUGUGAAGGGCAGUACUGAUUCUCUGCAGAUGGGAGGAGGAGGUGGUCAGCUGGGUCUAUGGUUGGAUGCUGAGCUGUAUCGCGGUACCACCACCCACUGCGCAACCUUCAACAACCAGCCACUCUCGGCUCAGCAGGACUUCAAUAUCCACAGUCUGGAGGUCUGGGCCUUUGAAUAGCUCUUAUCGCUUCAGCUUCGUCCACAGUCAGUGUUCACUCAGCUACCCCAAACUUUCCAUCACCCCCCAAGUGUACUACACCCCACUUGGCGUCAAACCUAGCUACCCCCACAAUAACACUCAAUGUUAUGUGAGAGGAGACAAGAGUGGGGUGUGAAGACUUGUUUAUGGGGACUGAAAAUGGAACAGGAACAGAAACAUCAUGUGAGUCUUCUGUAGCCUGUUUGAUGUGGGUUUGACCUGCAGGGAGGAGGGAGUCUAGUUGAAGUCUGCCUUCUUUCUGGGAUCGAAGCUGUUGCUCGCACACUCUGUCACUGCUGCAGCUUUCCCAGCAUGCAGACUGCCUGAAUAACGUAAGCUUAUAGGGAGAAAUAGGAGAAGAAAGGUGAUUAUGUUACAGUUGAGACAAGAGAGCUGAUUUUAGUGUUUCCCAUCACGCUGUAUAUUAAUUGUUAAAAAAUAAAGGUUGAUGUAAUUUGUGUAUAUAAAAAAAAUUACGUACAGUUUUUGUUCUGUUUAUUACAAUCCAAUGAACUUGAAACUUGAAGGAAAUUGGACAUUUCCAGGGAUCUUUUUUUUCAUUACUAAAUUAAUUGUCAAUAUGAAAAUUAAGUAAUUGUUUACAAUGUAGUCCUCGUCCUCCUUUUGAGUGUUAGAUUAGAGGAUGUUUCAAUGCAUUUCUCAUAAAUACAUUUCCUGUUUCAUUUCCUGUUUAAUCCAAAAACACCUGCUGGAGCCAGGCAACAUCUGAAAUGACCAAAUGUUAUUUUUAUUUUCAUGUUGUUGUUUUUUUGUUUAAUUGUGUUUUUCAAAAGUUUUUCAGAAUUUAUUUUUACAUUUCAUUUUUUCAUUCUGUUUCUACAAAAGUUUUUCAAGAGUUGUACUUUUAUAGAAAUGUUAAACCAAAUAUUUCUGUAAAAGUUAACGUUUUUGCACUACAGAGUUAAUCGGUUGAUGCCGUGUUGUGGCCCCACGUAAAACCACAUUUCUUUCAGGCUAAAUUACUGAAUGUUUUCUGAUUGCCACUAGAGGAGAGAGGCUGCCAGUAUAACCACAGCUCAGACACCCUAAUCGUAGGUGAAAAAGGGAUUGAUUGUUGCACUUAAACACUAACUAAAUCUUCAAAUCUACUAACGAAGAAAACAAGAAUUCUGUUCUGUCCUGUGUAUCUGACGAACUUGUAGUGCAUGAAUAUGCAAUACUGCAAAUGUCUGCCACCGUUGUUAUACCUGCCGUAUUAUCACUAAUGCCAGUUUUUGCGUCAUGUGAAAAUGAGCUUUGUUGCCUUUAGCUGUUCAACUGUGAAAGUAUUAUUUCUUGAGAGUCCAAAAACUGCUGUGUCCUGUGAUCUCACCAAGGCAAUAUUUAUUGUGUUGUUAAUGCAACCACAUUUAAACUAAAAUAAAUGUUAGGACAUAGAACUAUG